AUGCCUAGCAAGACAGGUAGAGUUAGAAUGCCAGCUGAUAAUAGGUUACCUGUGUCAGCUUCUUUAAAAACCUCAGAAAUUUGGAAAAAUUCAGUUGGAUAUGAUCCUUAUGCAUCUAUUGAAGAAAUAAAUAAUAAAAAAAAUGCAAAAACUGAAGAAAUAAAUGAAAAAGCACAAAGCUUAUUUAAUUUAGCGAGAUUAACAGGUAAUGUAUCUUCAACUAUACCAGGAGCUUGCAGCCUCUGUAACCAUGUAGGACAUUUACCUUAUCAAUGUAGAAAUUUUAUAAAUCUAGAAAAACAGAACUUUAAGAAAGAUAUGAAAGAAAACUCUGAAGAUGAAUUAAAAGAAAGAAAAAAUUUAGGACUUAUAAGUAGUGAAAGUGAAAAUGAAUCUGAAAGUGAAAGUGAAAGUGAAAGUGAAAGUGAAAGCAAAAGUGAAAGCGAAAGCGACAGUGAAAGUAACUUUAGUGACGAUUCAAGUUAUAAAAAAAAAAAGAUAAAAAAAAUCAAAAAAAAAAAUCAUAGACAUGAAAAAUUGAAACAUAGUAAAAAUAAGCAUAAGAAACACAAAAAGAGUGAAAAUGAACAUGAAAGAUAUAAAUGUAAAAAAAACAUACAUAAAAAAAGCAAAGAUAGGAAGGCUCUUAAAAAAAAUAAAAAUGGAUAUAAAGAUAUUGAUAAAAAAUAUGAACAUGAUAAUCAUGAUAGUAGUAAAAAUUAUAAAAAAUUGAAAGUUAAAGACAAAAAAAUAAAAAAAAAAAAAAAAUAUAAAAGUAAAAAUAAAAAUAAAAAGUACAAAGGGAGCUCUUCUACAUCGUGA